AUGGGAUCGGCGGAGGCGGGAGUUACAUCGGAUGAAGCCCAUGAUGUGACUUCUCUUUCUGCUGUUGGAGAGGAGCAGUUUUCGGAGGCAAAUAUGAAACUUGCUUCCGCGCGCCUUGCUGCUCUUGCCGAGCAAUCCAGGAGUGUGCUAGAUGCUGAGAACUAUGGAGAGAGCGGUUCUCUGCUGUGCGGGUCGUUGGGGAUGCAUGCGCUCAGAUAUAAGACGGCAGUGACUCUUUUCUCUGCCCGUCUGAGUCACAUGCGGCAGCGUCUUGCAGCGGAAGCGAGGAGUGUGAAGCGCUUAGGCGAGGCUUUCUCCACCAGAGCCGAUGCUGCCAUAGACCUUGUCACGAAUCAAUUCAGGCCCUUCGAGCUGAAAUUGAACGAGCUAGAGGACAAAGUGGAGGACCUGUUGGCGCAAGGGCAGGGUCGUGUGUCUCUGCUGCUUUCGGCGUAUCGCUCAGAGUUGAAGCAGGCCGCUGCAACAGAGCUUGAGUCCAUUGAGGCAGAGAUUGAGGGCCUUGUACGGCAGUUCAAAGCCAGCAACGAGCAGCUAGAUGAGUUGUUGCAGCUGAGCGAAGAUGCGAAGUUGCUGACGGAGAAGGAUAUUCAAAGACUGCAAGAGAGGAUGUCGAAUACUCUCCAGUUGUUUGAUAUUUUGACGCGUCAAGAGUUGCUGCACUUGGCGCAGCGGCAGCAGCAAUGUGCGCUAAGAGAGAUCGAGGAGUUCACAGAAAAGCUUUCGGCCAUGCACCUUAUGGAGCAUGUGUUAGAGACGCUGGUCGAUAAGUUCGCAAAGGAUCUGGAAGAUUAUCAGGAGCGGAGGCGUUUGAGUAGGGCGCUCACGUUCUUGGAUCUAAGCACUUCUUUUGCAGGCCCUCGUCCGCAAAGCGUGUGUAGUGUGUUAGUUCAUUUGGUGAGGCAAAAAGAGCGAGCCAAGGAUGUGGGGAUAGUGUUUGUGUAUGGGGUGGCACCCCCGCAGUCCUCAGGAACGCCCCUAUCGACUUUGUUUGUGCCGCCUCCGAGCGCUCUGCGUGCUGCUGUCUCUUGCUGGAAGAAGCGCACAGACAUCUACGGGCAUAAGGCUACUUCCUACGCAGUGAUUCGUGUGGAGGGGUCUCUUUUGGAGGUGUUCAGCGUGCCUUUUCUGGAGCCAGAAAGAUUUAUUUUCGAGACCACUGAGGAGCUGAGAGUGGCGCUCCCAAGCGAAUUCCCGGAAAGAUUGGCAGGUGCCGUGAACGAAGCCAACAUGGCAGGGGGCUUAGACGUCCCCCACUCCCUAGUGGUGUAUUUGGGGCAGGUUCAAGAUGAUCAGACACGGCCGCCUCCAACGCGCAUCCUCUCUCACAACCGCAUCACCCUUGCUCGACACAUGUUGAACCAUGUGGAGCCGCCCACCAAGGAGCUCACUGCAGUGUGGGAGAGACUGCAGCAACAGCUGAACUUCGUGGAUGCCGCCGCUGCUGCUGUAAUGGACGGAGUCGCAGCAGGCGAGGCCGUUCAACUCGCUCUGCGCCGCUUGGACGUCGAGAUCCUUUGUUUCACAUCUGCUCUUCCAGUCCCGCCGUGUCGCAGAGAUCCGCACCUCCGAGAGGCCUUUCACUACAUGCAAAUCCAGCUUACACGUACCUCCAGUGGCUUCGUCCUUCCGGCUGAUUCCGUCGUUGUCUCGGCCCUCACUUCGCUCGUGAGGAUCGUGCAUUCGGGAGGACCCUCGUGCCCUGUCGUGAUUUCCACCAGCAUGCAAAAGAAAAAACACUUCUGGGGAAGCAACACAUACACGGCAGUAGCGGAGAUGAUCACGACAGACGUCACGAGAGCUUCCAGGGGGUCUCUUAGCAGGGGUAAAGAAAAUGAAGCUUGGAGAGGCCAUCGCUUCGCUUGCCAAAACAGCAGAGGGUGUCGUUCUCCUCUCGGAACCGUGGACCAGGGGAUAUACGCUUUACGUGCACGUAUGCGUUAA